ACAGUACGCGACGCUAGCCCGUACGCACACGGUAUAGCUUAAGCUUUGUGAAGCAGCACCAACAUGAUGCUACGUUUGUCAACUUUUAUUGCCUUACUGGCAGUUACAUUGGCUCAGAGCGGCUACGAAUACAACAAACCAAACCAACCAUUCGGACAGGGAACUACACCUAACCGCCCCGGCUUCCCUGGAGCCGGCGGGACAUCCGGUGGCUCUGGCUACCCCAGCUCCCCGACUGCACCAUCAUCCCCCAGUGGACCUCAACAGGACGGAUACCCCAGCACUGCAGGCUUCACCAGGCUUCUUCUGGAUCUCCUAGCUACCCUACUGGUCCUAGUCAAGGCUUUCCAGGCUCAAGCCAACGACCGGGACAACCUGGGCAGUCCAGACCGCAAGGAGGUUCCGGAUUUCAACCCACUUUCCCAUCUGGGCCACAGAACGUUCCGGGACAGCCCGGCGCGGGACCCUCUGGAUCCGGUUUCGGCUCUGAUACUGGCGCCUACGAGGGUGGAGACUACUCUGCUAUCCCCGGUGAACCAGACAGGGACUACCCCAUCCUUACCGAGAUCCCUCAGACGUCCUUCAGAUGCGAUGCUCAAGCUUAUCCGGGGUACUACGCCGAUGUCGAGGCCCGCUGUCAAGUGUUCCACGUGUGCGCCAACAACAGAACUUAUGAUUUCCUCUGCCCCAACGGAACCAUCUUCUCCCAGCAAGUCUUCGUCUGCGUCUGGUGGAAUCAGUUCGACUGCAACUCCGCUCCUGGUCUAUACGAGCUGAACGCCAAUCUCUACCAAGAAUCUCCAAGACCUGGUUCUGCUCAACAAGACUACGCUCCCCAAGGUCCUUCAGCUUCGUACCCUGGUAGCACUGGUCCUCAAGGUCCAUCCUCAUCUUACCCUGGCAGCAACACCCCUCA